UGGCUGUGCAAUGGCAGACUUGUCAUGUAGAUUUCAAUUCAAUAUUCAGUAAUUUAUUUGUAAGAUAUAAUAAAACGCUUUACUUUAUGAUUAGGCAUAACAGUAACAUCACUUACGGUAUUAAUUUAAAGUGUUUAGUUGUUAAGACCUUUGUGAUUUAAUGUGGGCUAAUAAGAUAGUGCAAUUACAAGAAAACACUGUACGUUAUCACCGAAUCGAUAUAACGACGAAAGAUUCAUAAAUUGCCGUGAAUUCAUUAUCGUUAUGUCAACAAACUUAUGAGAUAAGUGGAGAUUCCAGGUGUCAUCAUGUCUUUGGAGAGGGAAUCUGUGGGUGUGAUGCCCCAGGUCAACCUGGGGAAUGCCUCGGUGGACCCCAGGUCACAACUGCUACAAGAGAUGAGGGAGCAGAACUUUGAUAUGAUUCGAUUUGCCUCAUAUCGAACUGCAUGUAAACUACGAUAUGUACAGAAGAAAUGUAAUUUACAUGUGAUAGAUAUAUGGAAUGUAAUAGAAGCAUUCAGAGAGAAUGCAUUGAACACGUUAGAGCCGAAUGCGUGUGUUAAUGUAACAAGACUGGAGACUCUAGUAUCUUCUUUGUAUCACAAUUUAAAUAAAAGAUUACCACCUGCACAUCAAGUGUCGGUGGAGGCUUGCUCUGCAUUAUUACUGAAUUGGUUACUAUCGGCAUAUAGUACUGGUGAUAAUGUAGGCAAAAUAAGAGUGUUUUCUAUUAAAGUGGCAUUAGCUACAAUGUGUGCUGGGAAACUAAUGGAUAAGUUAAGAUACAUAUUCUCUCAACUAUCGGACGGCAAUGGCCACCUGCUGGUGAAGCGGCUAUCGGAUUACUUGCGAGAAGUGCUGGCGCUGCCCGCUGCGGUUUACGAGUCGCCCUCAUUCUCUUACAAUGAUACAUUAGCCUUGUCUAUAUUCAAUCAGAAUGGAAAAAUAACAGUAAACGAUUUCUUGGACACACUGAUGUCGGAUCCGGGACCUCCUUGUCUCGUCUGGUUACCGCUGUUACAUCGUUUAGCUAGCGUUGAAAAUGUGGUGCACCCGCUGGCGUGCAGCGUGUGCCGGCGCGGCUCGCUGACGGGGUUCCGGUACCGCUGCACGCGCUGCGCCGCAUACACGCUCUGCCAGGACUGCUUCUGGCGCGGCCGCGUCUCCCCGCCGCACACCAAUGAACACGAAGUCAAGGAGUAUGCCGCUUAUAAUUCAAGUCCGCCGUCCCCUGUGCCGGCUCACAACGGCUUCCCGGAGUACGGCGGCGCUGGCGCUGGCACUGGCGCGGCCACUGGCGCUGGAUACGUCAACACUGGUUCGCUGGACUCACGUUCCUCGCGCUCCACACACCGCAGUAUAGCGGAGCAUUUAUCUCGCGGUGUGGACGACGAGCAUCGUCUCAUAGCGAGAUACGCAGCCAGGCUUGCACACGAGAACAGGACUAUGCCGCGUGCUGGAAGGUCGGCAUCUCUAACACCGGAGUUGGGUCGUUCAUCGUCGGAGGGGUCUGAGGUGGACGCGGCGCGCCAGCAGCGGGAACUUAUCUCUCAGUUGGAGGCCAAGAAUAGGGAGAUUAUGAGAGAGAUUGCCAGACUUAGACAGCAAGAGGCGGAGGCGAGCGCGUGCGGGGGCGGCGGCGGCGGCGGGGGCGGGGGCGCGCCGCCGCUUGUGUCGGAGCUCCGGGCGCUGAGGCAGCGCAAAGACGAGCUGGAGGGCCAUCUGUCCUCGCUGCAGGAGUCCAGGAAACACCUGAUGCAGCAGCUGGAAGGUCUCAUGAGGAUGCUCAAGACUCAACAAUCGUCACCACGGUCGACGCCGAACUCGUCUCCACGCUCUACGAAGAGUCCGCCGCUGCCCGGAACUCAGCCAUCAGCUCCUGACAGGGAGCCAACUGGUCGCGUACGGAGCGCGCCGCAGACGCCAUCUCUCGGUGAACGGGACAGGAUUGAUAUGUCGCAUAGUCUGGGAGGAAUGGAAAGUAUGAGUAACGAUGGUAGAAAUUUCCAUCAGAAUCAACGACCUACCACAAUGGGCAUAGACAACAGGAACCUUCGCAGUGAUUUGCUGUACGCGGCGGAUUCUGUCACCAACGCCAUGUCUACUCUAGUGCGGGAACUCAACUCUGAAGGUUCCGACACCGAGGACAAUAUGAAAGGAGGUUUGGACGCUAGGAAACAAAGAGAUUUCGAGGAGGACGAAGAUAGUGAUGGUCCUAUGCCGCGCCCGCAGCCGCCGCGACACUACGUACACGACAACAAUGUGCAGGACACUCCUCCGCCACUGCCGGCUCGCACUGGACACUAUUUUCCCCGGACAUAGUUCUAUAUAUUAUAUAACUAUUACAUUAACUUUAUCCAUAUAUAUAAACUAUUGCAUUUCUAUAAACAGUAUAAAAUAAAUGUUAGUAUUGUUUGUUAGUAUAGGAUUCGAUUGUAUGUGUUGAAGUGUAUUUGUUUCCUGUUCACCCAAUUUAGUGUAAUAGUCGUGUAGAUAAUUUAUGUUGAUGGUAAAUAAGUUCCGUAUGAUUUCAAAUAUUUUAUUUUAGUAUGGGAUUUUUUUGUCAUAAAAACGACGUUUCUCAAACUUUCGAAGAAAUCUCAUUUAAUUUUUAUAUUGUAUGGAAAAUUGCUAAUUUUUUUAAAUCUCAUACUAAAAUGAAAUCACAAAUUCAGUUUAAUGUAACACAAUUGCCUUAUAUACGGUUUUAUUUACCUAUUUAGAAGUCCUAGUACAUAAAUAUUGAAAUACUAACCUAAAUAAAAAAACAGUACCAAUGUUAUUUUUCUAUAAUAAAAUCGUUGAAUAUAGUUUUUACCCGAUUGAUAAAUAGUAGUGAGAAAUAUUUUAAUGCAUACUUUUACAUUUAAAAUGACAUGUAUGAUAAAGUUAGGUUAUGUCAUACAAAAUGUAUGACGGAGAUACAAGUUUUUAAUACAAAUGUCAUAAUUAACUGGCAAGUUCACAUUACAUUAAAAUCGUAGAGAUAUAAAGUCAAAAUACAUUGAAACUUAAUUUUUAAAAUGCUCACAUACAAACAAUCAUUUAAAUUUUAUUUCAUACAAACAUUUCUGUUUAGUGUUUGUGUUUCGAUUUGACAUCUCUGGGUAUAAACUCUUUGAUUCUUUUUUUUUUCUUAUUAUGGCUUUUACAUUUAUUUUCAGCCAAUCGAUC